AUGGCCCACUCCAUCGACCUGUGUUCACCGCUGCUGGCUAGACGUCUGUGCCAGACGGGACUGCGCAUCCAGCAGGACGGUUCUCUCUUCAGUUCUUCAGUGACAACAGCACCUCCUCCUGAAUGGCCAGGUUGUUUUGGCUACCCACUCAGCAUCUUCUUCAUAGUCAUCAAUGAAUUUUGUGAAAGAUUCUCCUACUAUGGAAUGCGAGCUGUGCUUGUUCUCUACUUCAAGUUUUUUCUCCACUGGGAUGACAAUCUUGCUACAGCCAUUUACCAUACAUUUGUUGCCCUUUGCUAUCUAACGCCUAUCCUUGGUGCAAUUAUUGCUGACUCCUGGCUCGGAAAGUUCAAGACCAUUGUUUACUUGUCCAUUGUGUACACGGCUGGGCAAGCAGUCCUGUCAAUAAGUUCCAUAAAUGAUUUGAUGGAUGGAAAUCGGGAUGGUGUUCCAGAUAACGUUAAUGUUCCUGUUGCUUUGUCUAUGAUUGGCUUGAUCCUUAUUGCAUUUGGAACUGGUGGCAUCAAGCCUUGUGUCGCAGCAUUUGGUGGAGAUCAGUUCGAAGAUAACCAGGAAAAACAAAGAAGCAAGUUCUUUUCUAUAUUUUAUCUUGCCAUCAAUGCUGGAAGUCUUAUUUCUACCAUAGUCACUCCAAUUCUUAGAGGGGAAGAAUGUGGAAUUCACACCAAGCAAAAAUGUUACCCUCUGGCAUUUGGUGUUCCUGCUGCACUAAUGGCUGUGGCGCUGAUGGUAUUCAUAGCUGGAAGUAGAAUGUACAAGAAAGAUAAACCUCAAGGCAACAUAAUGGUCCAAGUUGCUGCAUGCAUUACGUUUGCUGUCAAGAACCGUUUUAGACAUCGCAGUAAACAAUACCCCAAGAGGGAGCACUGGAUGGACUGGGCUAAUGAGAAAUAUGAUAAACAACUUAUUGCCCAGAUUAAGAUGGUCUUGAAAGUAUUGUUCCUAUAUAUUCCUCUUCCCAUGUUUUGGGCACUUUUUGAUCAGCAGGGAUCACGAUGGACACUACAAGCAACAACCAUGGAUGGAGAUUUUGGCUUCUUUCAAAUCCAGCCAGACCAGAUGCAGACUGUGAACCCAAUUCUCAUUAUUAUAAUGGUCCCAGUUGUAGAUGUUGUGAUUUAUCCCUUAAUUAAGUUAUGUCGCAUAAAUUUCACGCCUCUGAGGAAGAUGACAGUUGGCAUGUUUCUGGCAGCUCUGGCUUUUGUUGCUGCUGCUUUGGUGCAACUACAGAUAGAUAAAACUCUUCCAGUAUUCCCUGCAGCAGGCCAGUCUCAAAUCAAAAUAAUAAAUUUGGGGAAUGAGUCUGCAACAGUUCAGUUUAGUGGUUUUCAGCAGUCAUAUACUGUGAAGUCUUUGGAAUGGACAGAUUACAUCACUUUUGACACAACAAAACUAAAAGAUGUUGAGAUAAGCUAUGGAAAUUCAAGAUUGCAACAGGCAUUUCAAUUUGAGGGAAAACAACGUCACACUCUUCAAAUAACAAAUAUGAAUGGAUUACAAGCCCAAAUGGAAUUGGAUGGCAUCACAGAAAAACCAGAACAAGGAAACAAUCAGAUCAGAUUCCUGAACAACUUAGAUUCCGUUAUUAAUAUCACUAUGGAUAAUGUUAACUUUGAAGAUGUGAAGAAUUUCUCCACCACAAACUAUACAGCUUUUCAAAGAGGAGAAAAAAUCAUUUCCGUUUGGAGCCAAAAUUAUGAGUGCAAAACGGACUCUCUAAAAUUUGGGUAUGGCAGUGCUUAUACCAUUAUUGUAGAAGCGUGUAACAGCACGGGGCUAACGGUCAAAUAUGUAGAAGAUAUUCAACCCAACACAGUCAAUAUGGCUUGGCAAAUCCCCCAGUACUUCAUUAUUACUUGUGCUGAAGUUGUCUUCUCAGUCACUGGGCUCUCAUUUUCAUACUCACAGGCACCUUCCAACAUGAAAUCUGUGUUGCAAGCUGGCUGGUUAUUGACUGUGGCUGUUGGCAAUAUCAUUGUCCUGAUUAUAGCUGGAGCUUCAAAACUUGAAGAACAGUGGGCAGAAUAUGUUUUGUUUGCAGCUUUGCUUGCUGCAGUUACAAUUAUUUUUGCUGUCAUGGCUUAUUUUUACACCUAUGUUGACCCGGUUGAAGUUGAAGCUGAAAUUUCCAAGAAGGAAAAGGAAGAGGAUGAAAUGAAGAUAGAAAAGGAACAGAUGACUAAUGGAACUGGGCCUGUUGCACAGACGCGGAUGUGA